UAUUCCUAAAGGACUCUGAGAGAAAUUCAAAGAUCGUGUUCUUGCAAAUUUUGAUUCUCAAAUGGAAAAUUUAUUAUCAACACCUCGCAACCCUAGCAGUCACCCAGCAGCAGAAGAAGAAGUUGGGAGUGACGACGACACCUAUUCAAUUGGGAGCGAUGAACUUCCAAACGAGAAUUCUUCAAUGUCAACCAUGGACUCGAUUCCCUCAGACGCUUGCAUGAAAAAACUCAUGGCUGAAGGCAAAGACCUUACCCAAAUAACCGAGGAAGGCAAAUGUUUGCUCUCGCUGGCGAGUGCAAAUGGUUACUUGGAUCUUGUUCAAGUGAUGUUUGCCAAGAACCGAGACUCAGUCGAUGAACGGGGUCCCAAAAAUGACUUGACUCCUUUGAUGGAUUCCGUUGUCAAUGGGCACGAAGACUGCGCCAAGGUUCUAAUUAUAAACGCAAAUAUAAACGCCCAAAGCGAAAACGGCAACACACCUUUGCACUGUGCAUGCGCCAAUGGGCAUGUCAGUAUUGUCAAAGAGCUUUUGGAGCGGGGAGCUGGAAUCGAAGAUCAAAACGAAAACGGGCACACCCCUCUCAUGGAGGCAGCCAGCAAUGGCCUGGUAGACAUAGCCAGGAUACUCCUGGAAAGGGGUGCCGGAAUCAAUGCAUACUCCAGUGGGUUUAAGGAAGGUGCACUAACCUUAGCGUGCUACAAAGUUCAUUAUGAAAUGGUCAAGUUUCUGCUGGAAGAAGGAGCAGACCAAGACCAUCAAACGGAGGAAAUGCAUACAGCCCUGAUGGACGGUCAUUAUGACGUAGCAAAGUUGCUGAUUGAUCACGGCGCCAAGGUCAAUAUGCCGACAGAGACUUUCGUUCCUCUGACCUUGACAGCUUGUGGGGGGCAUCUGCAGCUGGCAAAUUUGUUAAUUGAGAAGGGGGCUUCUUUGGAAGAAGUGAACGAUGAAGGGUAUUCACCGUUGAUGGAAGCGGCCAGGGAGGGCCAUGAGGCGAUGGUCAUGCUUCUAGUCAAUUGUGGUGCAAAUGUUUUUGCUCAAACCGAGGAAACACAAGAAACAGCCUUGACGUUGGCAUGCUACAACGGAUUCAUCAAUAUCGCCAAAUUCCUCCUUGGAACUGCGGGUGCCGACGUUGAUGGAAUCAGCACAUCAAGGUCACGUCGACUUGGUGACGCUUCUAAUCAAAAGUGGGGAGAUACGGCGUUGUCGUUUGCAUGUGAAAACGGACACAAUGAGGUUGCAGAGCUCCUGUUGAAUUUUGGAGCUAGGUUGGAACUUGAAAGCGAGGGAGGAAGAACUCCUCUUAUGAAGGCAGCAAGAGCUGGACACGUGUGCACUGUGCAGUUUCUAGUCAGCAGAGGUGCCGACGUCAACUGACUGAGUCAAAAGGAAGACCACACACCACUGUCAUUAGCUUGCUCAGGAGACCACAAGAAUGUAGUCGAACUACUGCUAGAGCACGGAGCUGACCCCUCAGUGCGCCUCAAAGACGGGUCCAACGCACUCAUAGAAGCAACUAAGGCUGGAAACACCCAAAUUGUCCGUCUGUUACUCGAGUACUCACCUUCAAUAACCGAUUCACUAACCGAUACUAAUGAGUUAAUCUACGGAUCUGAAAUACAACCCAGAGUGCCUACCCAGGCACUUCCAAAUAUGGUUCCCCCUGCCCAGCAAAACCCAAUGUCCCUGAACGUUGCGACCCAGAAAACAAACAUGAUUCCAUGUCAAGUGGAUAAUUACAACUGUCAACGAAAAGCAAACAACCAGAUGUUGCAAUAA